AUGUCGGGAUCGAGUCAGACAGAACUAGAGGCGGCUGAGAUCUUGCUUUCUCUGUCCAGAGCGCCCUUGGAUUUCAGCAAUGGCUCAAACACCUCGAGUACCUUCAACCGAUCCGAAAUAGACACCCUUCAUCGAACCAAUAACAGAGGGUAUGAUGCGUUGGCAGCGGCAUCGACGACAGCUACGAGACUCCAUGAAGCUCAACCAAUUGGUGGCCGUUCUGAACAAGAUCCAAUUGGGAUACAAGGACACGCAGUUGCGCAUGCACAAGUGUCACCGAGAAAUGCUGAGCAACGCCCAAGCGCUACGGAACCAGAAAACGCUUUGCAAGCCUUUCUUUUCAGGCAGCAGGUUUUAGCUGGGAUCGCGCCUGACCAAAUGAUUACUAUGAGAGGAAAUCGGAAUACCCAGUCUCAAGCCCGGGGUCGUGGCGCCGAGAACCAAAGAGCAACUCCUGUGGUAAUCCAAAUCACAAAUGAAGGAGUCACUGUGCCCAAUAUACCCCCAGCGCGGUUCAAUGGUGUACUGCGUCCAUUUCCGAAUCUACCGGUUCAGCCCUCCCACAACUUCGAUCCGCCUGCUAGACCACCGGUGAUGACAACGAGCAAUCGAAUGAACGAGGGCGGCAGAGCGACACGGCAAACUUCUACAAACAACAGAGUCGUUGUGCCAUAUGAUGCUCCAACAAGACCCACAACUACCACGACCAGUCGUGUUUCCGAAACGCGCAGACCAACACAGCAAGGACAUGGGCAAUAUGUUUUCCAGAUCGAACCCGUCUCAAAUAGAAACGCGAGUCAAUCUGCUACGACUAUGAGGACUGGAACGAUAAAUUUUGGUCUCAACCCUGAGAUGCGAAGGAUCCCGCAAGCAGCACAUGCGAGCAACACUGGCCAGAACCGGUAUUCUCUCUACAGGAAUGACAUGUCUCUGAGAUAUCCGGCUAGUUCGGCUGUCACCAACGGCAGGGCUUCUAUUCAGCAAGAGAUCGAGCAGAACCGAAGCAGGCCUUCCGUGCCUAUCAGUCGUCAACGCCCAUUAAGUGGUGGCCGUACUGAUGCUUCUCAAGCCCAGAAAGAAGUUCCCAAAAAGACUACGGGGCUCCAGCAACCAAACGGUGGUCAUGGUGAAAACAAUGCAAGAUAUUCAAGCCAUCAAGUUGUAACUGGGACCUCGCGUAUCUCAUCUGACCAUGCUUCGAAAGAUGCAACAACCGUGGUUGCAGGGGCACAAAAUCUCCAGAGUGGGACCGAGCCUGGAAAUGUAGAAGGCCCCACGGAAAAUCAGUUCGACCUCAUGAACGCGUUUCUCUACCACCCAGAAUUGCUUUUGAAGCUUACCGAAUACCUGCCAGUACGCGGAAUUAUAAAUCUGUUCUCCAUAUCAAAGGGGUUCCAUCAUUUUUUGAAAGCACGGCUUUCCGAUUUCAUCAAUCGCCAGGCACUAACCAGGGCUCCGGGGUCUGCGCGCCUAUUCCCGUUCCGUUGCUACCGUAAACUUUGUAUUGAGAUUCCGAGGACUGAAUCCAGCGCUGAAGACGGGAACCACCUGGCGCCUUCACUCAAGUGGUUGUCCAUGAUAUGCUGCCGCGAGAAGGUGGUUCAUGAUGUGAUGAGGAAUCUGCGCGAGAUCGACCCUGCGCUUCCAAAUAGAUGCCAGACGAUAAUCAAGAAACUAUGGUUUCUGAUGGACAUGCCUGACAACGAACGCCGCAUCUUUACCAUUCGCAACAAGAAUCUGUGGCCAGACAAUGACAUUUUCUUCGCCAAUCUAUUCCUCAUCAGACUUGAUAUGCGAUUCGCCAAUAGGGCUAUCGGACGCGGACAAAGCGGUAUGCGACGUCUUCUCAUGGCACAGCCCAGCCUUCAACUUCUGUGGGCGGCAAUUCAAAAUACUGCCCUGAAAACUUAUUUCGAAACACUCAAAGCAUUUGUUCACUGGAGAUACACACCUCUGCCUCAGGAGAAUGGUAUGUGGAUUCUAGGUGUGCCUCCUGAUAAGAUCGGGCUACUCCAAUAUGAAGGAUACGGCAAAACGAAUAGUCGGGUCAUUUUCCAGCGGCCUGACGAAUUGAUUUUGAAAGAGGCUGUUCGGAGAGAGCUCGAUGUCCAGCAAAUGUAUGCCAAUGUGUUCUCGACGAAUAACACUGAUAUCUACACUGGGGAUGUAUCCCAGGAAGCCUCGUGGGAGGAUGAGGCGAAAAAUCACGCCAGGGAGCUGAAUUUGAAUUGGUUGGAUGUUAUGAAGCUUGAUUGA